CAAAGAUUUGCAAGAAAAAAACUGAAAACAACUUUCUUUUUUUCUCUGUACAAGUAUGUGGAUUUUCCAUUAUUGGUACCAAUGGGGGUAUUGGAGUGCCCCAGUUAAACCUAUACUGAAGUAGUAUCUGAGAUUUCGUUUUCUGGGCUACUUUCUGAAUUAACUAAGCUUUCUGACACCAAAUAGAUGAAGUAGUUUGUUGAUUCUAAGAUUGUUCUAUGGAUUUAAAAUAUUUCAUCUUCCUCUGAAAUAAUACUACUACUACUACUACUACUAAUCUUGCGAUUUAUGUGUGUAUCUUAGAUUCUUUUUACAUAAGUGUGCAUAAAUAUCUUACUAUGUUCUCUAUAUUUCAUUCAUGUUUUUUUAAUCCGCAUUUCUUUCAAUUCAAGAUUCCAGUAUGGAUAGUUUUUGUUCCUCUCUAGCAGAGGUGUUCUCCCCAAGAGUUUUUAAAAACAAUUUCUAUAAGCCAGAAAACUCUAUUAAAACAAAACAAUAUUAAAGGUGUCGUUUCGCUAGUUCAUUCAUAUUUCAAGGUUCUCCCCCGUCUUUUUUAUUCUUAUGUAAAUAAAAAUCAAACUUAUUGGUUCAUUGAUUCUUGAACUUAAAAGAAAAAAAGAGUUGAUCUUUUUUAGUAACUUGAAUGCACAAGUGAUGCGGGUAGCAAGUGACAAGAUAAGAAGACAAUAUAAAAUUUUCCUUGUUCUAUGUAAUGGAGAUCACUAGAAUAUGCCAAUGGUUAAGUCUUCUGAUAUGUGUACUACUAUUACUGCAGACAGAAGGGGUUCCUGUGGGAAUCACUUUUGUUGAAAAUGCAGUGGCAAAAGGGGCUGUUUGUUUGGAUGGGAGUCCUCCAGCUUACCACUUCAACAAGGGAUCUGGAGCAGGGAUUAACAACUGGAUAGUUCACUUUGAGGGAGGAGGAUGGUGCAACAACGUUACUACUUGCCUUUCCCGUAGGGACACUCGAUUAGGUUCAUCUAAGAAAAUGGAUACAUCACUUUCCUUUUCUGGGUUUUUCAGUAACAGUAAAAAGUUCAAUCCAGAUUUCUAUGAUUGGAACAGAAUCAAGGUUAGGUAUUGUGAUGGGUCAUCAUUUACUGGUGAUGUUGAAGCUGUUGAUCCGAAAACCAAUUUGCACUUCAGAGGAGCAAGGGUUUUUGCUGUGGUCGUUGAGGAUUUAUUAGCAAAAGGAAUGAAAAAUGCUCAAAAUGCAAUUAUCUCCGGAUGUUCAGCUGGAGGAUUGGCUUCUAUUCUAAAUUGCGAUCGAUUCAAAUCACUACUACCUGCAACAACUAAAGUGAAAUGCCUUGCAGAUGCUGGUUUUUUUAUCAAUGUAAAGGAUGUCUCUGGAGCACAGCGCAUUGAAGAGUUCUACAGUCAAGUUGUUCAAACACAUGGCUCAGCAAAGAAUUUGCCUACAUCGUGCACUUCAAGACUCAGACCAGGGCUGUGCUUUUUCCCUCAAAAUGUCGUGUCCCAAAUCAGUACCCCAAUCUUCUUUGUAAAUGCAGCCUAUGACUCAUGGCAGAUAAAAAACAUUUUGGCACCAGGUGCUGCUGAUCCCCAUGGCCAAUGGCGUGAAUGCAAGCUUGAUAUCAAAAACUGUUCACCUAAUCAACUCAGUGUAAUGCAAGGAUUCAGGACAGAUUUCUUAAGGGCAUUUAGUGUGGUUGGCAACGGCGCAUCUAAAGGGCAUUUUAUAGAUGGUUGCUAUGCACACUGCCAAACUGGAAUACAAGAGACAUGGCUGAGAAAUGACUCCCCAGUGGUGGCCAAGACAUCAAUUGCAAAGGCAGUGGGUGAUUGGUUUUAUGAUCGAAGGCCCUUCCGUGAGAUAGAUUGUGCCUACCCUUGCAACCCUACUUGCCAUAAUCGUAUUUUUGAUCAGAAUGAGCGUCCAGAUGUAUAGAUUCAUUUAAAAGAGUAUGCUUAUUUAUUUAUUACUACAAACUAUACUUUAUUAGUUAUCUCGUUUUUAUUGAACGAGAUGUGCCACUUGCACUCAUGGCUUUGUGGUUUGAGAUCUCAAACCAUCAAAGUAUGGGUUCGAUUGUUGCAUCAACAAAAAACAAGCUGUGAUUGAUGAUUUAAAAGGUUCCAAAGUGUAAGGGUAGGCAACCUGAUAAAGGAUGAUAAUUGUCUACCAUGUAAACAUAACAUUUUUAUUAUCAAUAAAGGGUAUAUCUGUAAUUCUAAUAA